CUGCCUUUUGUGACAAUGAAAACAACAUUACCUUGCAAGGAGCCCUUUGAAGUGAGAACACACAUCCAUGUGCCUGUCUUAAUUUUGUUAAAUGUUGAAUAAAUAGAUGAUGUCACUAAUAUGAGCUGUGGCCUCACCCAGAGCACCCCCCAGCCACCCCCUGGCGUUUUGUUCAGUGGCUCAGCCCAGGUUCUUCUCUGCUGGCUUCAUGAGGAGAGAGAGCGCUUAGCCCCUUUCCUGACCUGUGGGGCUUGCAUAGUCAGUAUGAAGCCCAAUUCCCAUCCCCAAUUUGGCCGAGAGAGGUUCCGGAUUGUUUAUGUUAAUCGCUUUGGUAACCACCGCUGUGGCACUGUAAUUCACUAUGGAGGCCUCAGACAGCGUGAGGCUCUGAAAGACACCCACUCCUACCAUAGGGACAAGGCUGUCUCUACUAUUUCUGACAGAAUAGACUCAGCGGGUGCAGCCCAUAAUUCCCAUGGGGGAGGAAGAAGCCCAUGCCUCAUGCUUGGAGCCACUUCUAGGAUGGGUGCUAAGGAAGCUGGGGUAUAUAGUAACCAGGCCCUGAACAAGAGCAAUGAGGCCAAGGAGUCCAAAUCCAGGAAGAUCCCCAAAGCCAGGAAGGUUGGGACUGAGACACCAUCCUCACUGAAAGAAGCCUGGAGCAGGAAGAAUGUCUCUAUGAGCUCCACAGCCCACAGCAGUCAGAAACAAACUGGUGACAACCAAGAGACACAAGGAGAUAGCUUUGAAUUCCCUUCUUCCUUGGAAAAUGAUAAUGAUGUGAUCCAAAAGAAACAGCAAAAGAAAAAGUCUGCAGUCUGGCUUGGAGUAUCAAAAGUAAUUUCUAAAAUGGUAGAAGAAAAUGAGCACUUUCGAAGCAGACUGAUGAUGUCACAUAGCCAACUUUUAAGUGAAGGCAGUGGUUUAACCCAGAAUGGACAAAAUGCUACUUCCUGUAUUGACACAGAUGAAGCCAUUUUUGGAUGGGUGUAGCAAAGAAAGGAAGAAGAAAAUGAAGAUUGUGUCAGGAUUUACAUUAGCUUGUUUUUAUUCUAGUUGUUACCCAAUAACAUUUUGAACAUGCAAGAGGAACAUGAUCGUUGAAUCAAAGGUAUUAGAAUGCAAGUCCUAUGCAAGUUUUGUGGAAACCUUUUUUUUUUUUUGCCUUUGAAGUAACAAUUUUAAUACAGGUCUGAUUAAGUUGUGUAGUUAUCAGUAUGUUGUUUUAAACCUGAUUAAGUAACUCAGCACUGUACUUUGUUACUAUUUGAUUGAAGUGCGUACUGUAUGCAUUGCAUUCAACAGACAUUAAAAAUACUUUUAUGUUAAUUGUAUGCUUACUGUACUAAUAAGUUUUUCAGAAUAAAAUGUGAAAUAAAUAUACAAACCUAA